ACUACUUGCCGUGUACUGUACUUGCCGGAUCGAAAAUCGAAAUAAUUAAACACAGAAGUUUAAUUGAAUUCAGUUCAUAACUUGUAGUAUUCAAAACUCUGUUUAAAUACAGCAUAAUAUUCCGCUAUGUCUGGAAGAGGAAGAUAUCGCGGCCACCGUAACAGGCACAGUCAGCCUACACUGUCUUCGGUGGCGCGGGAGACAGCCACAUCCCUUGCAGCGGAUAGCCCUGUCCUGGCGAUGUUCAGACAGGCAGCGAUACAACUGAACGAGCGUCAAGACAGACACGAAAGACUGGUUAAACUCUCCCGGGACAUAACGAUUGAAAGCAAGAGGAUUAUCUUUUUACUGCACUCUGCGGUCACGAAUGAGUCUGCUGUCAAGGCAGUGCAGGAAGCUAAAGAACGGCUUCAGAAAGUAAUGAAUGGACCAUUAAAAUCAAUUGGCAUAGAACUUGAAAACAUCCCAGCAUACCUCCACUCUAGGGCUGUCACAGCUGGUUUCCAAGAGUUUAUAGAAGCUCUAACACUAUGCUCUGUUAUUGAUAAGAAGGCUAUUAUAACGUACCCUGAGGUACAGAAAGAACUAACUUAUGUAAUCAAGGAAAAUGAGGAAGAUGAGGGCAAGACAAUAAUAACACUGUUACCUCAUAAUGACUACAUGCUCGGCAUAGCAGAUUUGACCGGGGAACUCAUGAGACGGGCAAUAAACAGUAUUUCCAGUGGAGAGAGUGAAGACUGUUUCCAUUCUUGUCAAGUUGUAAGGGAUCUUUACACUGGGUAUUUAGGUCUUUUCGGUAUAGGCAAAGAGCUCGCGCGCAAGAUGUCAACGACCCGAGCGAACGUGUCCAAGGUGGAGCAGGCGGUGUACGCGCUGCGCGUGCGCGGGGGCGAGGCGCCGCCGCCGCUGCUGCUGGCGCCGCCCGCGCCCGCGCCCGACUGGGACGCCUGCACCGCCGACGACGACGAGGGAUACUAUUGAACACCUACCAUGCAGUGAUGUGCUGUUGUCGGGAAUGUUCCUGUUGUAAAAACUCUUUAAUAGUAAAGACACCAGCUGCUUUUCAUUUUCAAAUGGUUCUUUCUUGUACGGUCAAGAGUAAUAAUAUGUUGUACUUUGAAACCAUGUCACAUUAACUUUUUUGACAAAUUAAACCGUAAGUCUCAUUAAACGUCAUAUAAUUAUGAUAGUGCGACAGGGUUCUAAAGUGGGUAUAUGAUAUUGCUCAUGACUGUACUCUGAUCUUAUUUGCUUAAAGGUUAGGUAAUAAAAAUCCUUUUACAUAAC